UUCAGCCGGCAGCUGAAAAGCCGACCUGGCUGGGACCUGCAUUCCUCAGCUGUCACUGCUGCCAUGUCGCUGGAUGAGGCUUUUCAGUCGAUGGGUGGAAUUGGGCCACGCCAGGUAUACCUGGUUUCCUUGUUGACCUCGCUACAGAUUUUUGUUGCCACUCAUUUCGUCUUAAUGACCAUAAUUGGAGCAUCAUCAACUUUUCAUUGGGAUUUCGGGGCGCUUCCAUCAGAUCAAAGCCAAGGUAACACCACGACCAGUGAGAGUCUGCAGUUCAAGGACUGGCUUAAAAUGACGAAUGAAAGUGAGAUUCGAAAACAUAUUCAUUUUGACCCUGGUUUCUCAUCUGUUAUUACUGAGUGGCUCCUCAUUGGAGAUGACUCGUACAAAAUCAGUCUGGCCAGCUCAGUAUAUUUCUUUGGUGUUUUGAUUGGUGUUGUUACCUUUGGACAAAUUUCUGAUCGAUUUGGAAGGAAGAGAACUUAUUUGACAGGUCUUACACUUGAUAUCAUUUUUGGUAUUGCAAGUGGAAUUGCUCCAACAUACCAAAUGUUUUUGGUAUCACGUUUCUUUGUCGGUGUGACCAAUGGAGGAAUGGGAUUGGUGUCCUUCGUUCUACUUCAAGAAUAUUUGUCUGUUUCUUAUUGGGCAAUAGUUGGUUCACUACAGAACUUCUCAUUUGCUAUUGGAAUUUCUCUGUAUGCGUUGACUGGGUACUUUAUUCGAUCAUGGAGGAUACUGGCUAUUGUGAUCAAUAUUGAAGGAGUACUUAUUCUGCUGCCAUCUUUAUGUUUUCCAGAAUCUCCACGUUGGCUGUAUGCUCAAGGAAGAUGGAGUGAAGCAGAGCAUAUCCUUGAGACCUUUGCUAAAAAGAAUGGGCAUCUGAGGCGUGUUAGUCUAAAGCCACCAACCACUCAAAAUGGUGCUGAAACAGCGAGUGUUUUUGAUCUUUUCCGACAUCAAGUUCUCUUGAGGCGAACACUAAUAUUAAUGUUUGUAUGGUUAGUAUGCAGUCUUGUGUACUAUGGUCUGACUCUAAGUGCAGGUGAUCUUGGUGGCAAUCUAUAUCUAAACAUAGCGCUAUCUGGAUUGGCGGAGUUGCCAUCAUAUCCUAUAUGUCUCUUUCUCUUGAGUCGUACUUGGUCAGGUCGCAGACGAACACUAGCAGGAUUCCUGUUUGUGGGAGGUACAGCUUGCCUUAUCGUCACGUUGCUUCCAGAGAAUAAAGGCAUCUUAUCUUUUGUUAGCAGACAAUUUUCCUCCAUUCUGGGUAAACUAUCUGUAAGUGCUGCAUUUAAUGUAGCCUACAUCUUUUCUUCUGAGCUCUUUCCCACCUCAGUCAGGAAUGUUGGAAUGGGGAUCUGUUCCAUGUCUUCUAGAAUUGGUGGAAUCAUUGCACCCUUUAUUCCAUCACUGAAAGCCAUUCAGUCGUCACUGCAUUUUGUGGUGUUUGGAAUCUCCGGAGUGUUAGCAGGAAUUCUUAGUUUGCUUCUGCCAGAAACGCUGAAUAAACCAGUUCCAGAGAAGAUCUCUGACCUUUAUGGCAUGGUACAGCACGAAGAUGGAGGAACGGCUGUUUCCCAUCAGUCGCAGGCAAGCGUUGUGGAUCAUGCAGAAAACAUCAGUAGUGAGAGUGAGAAAGAUUUUGAUGCCGAUGAAGAAACAGCAUUGAUUUAAUAACAUGAAGAAUAUUCUACAGUUUAAUGAGAAUGCAAAAGCUGUAAGCAGCA